UGCGGGGAGCGGGCCGCCGGGGGAGUCCCACCCGCCCUGGAGGGCGGCGGACGGGGACCGCGGGAAGACCCCGGCCCGCUCCCGAGGAGGCCUAGGGGUCCUGGGCGGCUCGGGGAGGAGGUCCUCGUGCGCGCUGCGCGUCGCGAUCUGUUCCUCGAAAGCUGGCGAGAACAGACGUGCUCCGCCCGGUUCUGCGCUGACAGCCCGGGAGCCUGCGCCCUCACGCCCGCCUCGUCCUCCCUGCGGCCGCUCGAGCAGAGGCAUGUGCUCAAACCACCUCCCCUGACUUCCUGCGAGAGAAACAAUAUGCAUUUUCCAGAGGGAGCUCCAGUCUGGUGCUUGGGUCAAGAAAGUCUGGAGGGUAAGACGUUGUGAUCUGAGGAGGACUACCCAGCUGUGAAGAUUGUCACCAGAAGUUCCAGCAAUUUCCUCACCCGAAGUGGACAUCCCAAGCAGGCAGGCACCAUCAUGCCACAGCAGCUCCUGAUCACCCUGCCGGCUGAGGCCAGCACCUGGGUGAAGUUGCACCAUCGGAGGAAGGACAAGGAGGGAGCAUCCCUGUGGGAGGACGUGACUAAAAUGUUUGAUGAAGCUCUGAUCUCUCGGGAUGCUGAGACCCAGCGAGAAAGUUUACACGAUGAAGGGACCUCUGGGCUCCUAGCAACAGACUCCCAGAAACGAUUGACCUUCAAGGACAUAUCUGUGGACUUCUCCCGGGAGGAGUGGGGGCAGCUGGCCCCUGUUUACCGAGAUUUGUAUCGGGAGGUGAUGCUGGAGAACUACAGGAACCUGGUGUCAGUAGCUGGAUAUCGACUUGGCAAGCCUAGUGUGAUUUCCCAGCUGGAGAAAGGAGAAGAACCAUGGAUGGCAGAGAAUGAAGGCUCAGAAGAUCCCGUGUUAGACUUGAAGAGUAAAGCAGAAACCAGUGAGUCAACUACAGAUAAUGAUGCUUCCCAGGAGCAGUUAUGUCAUGGUACCAUGAUAGAAAGGUUCACAAGGGAUGACAUCAUUUAUUCCACGUUAAGAAAAGUCUCCAGAUGCAGUAGUGCUCUUGAAAAGCACCCAGAAGCUGGUGGGAAAGAUGUAAGAAAAGCCAUUUUAACCCACACAAAGAGAAGCCAAAAAUCUAACAAAUUUGUGGGAAAUACUGUGAAUUCAAAUGUUGUUUCAGAACAGAAGCAUCAUAAAUAUGUCCCAUCUAAUAGAAGGAAGAAUAAAUGCAAAUUAGAUUUGAUGAAUCAUCCAAUAAAUUGCAUGAGAACCAAAAUGUAUGAAUGUAAUAUAUGUGAAAAAAUGUUCAAGCAACCCAUUCACCUUACUGAACACAUGAGAAUCCAUACUGGUGAGAAACCUUUCAGAUGUCAGGAAUGUGGAAGGGCCUUUAGUCAAAGUGCGUCUCUUAACACACACCAGAGGAUCCAUACGGGUGAGAAACCAUUUGAAUGUGAAGAAUGUGGUAAAACCUUCAGACAUCGCUCCUCACUCAAUCAGCAUCAUAGAACUCACACUGGGGAGAAACCUUUUGUGUGUGAUAAAUGCCAGAAGGCCUUCAGCCAGAACAUUAGCUUGAUCCAGCACCUGAGGACUCAUUCUGGAGAGAAACCUUUUACUUGCAACGAAUGUGGGAAAACCUUCCGACAGAUUAGACACCUGAGUGAACAUGUAAGAAUUCAUACUGGGGAGAAGCCCUAUGCAUGCACUGCGUGUUGCAAGACGUUUAGUCAUAGAGCGUAUCUCACACAUCACCAGAGAAUCCACACUGGAGAGAGACCCUACAAAUGUAAGGAGUGUGGGAAAGCCUUCAGGCAGAGGAUACACCUUAGCAACCAUAAAACUGUUCAUACGGGAGUGAAAGCAUAUGAGUGUGACCGUUGUGGAAAAGCCUACAGGCAUGAUUCAUCCUUUAAGAAACACCAGAGACAUCACACUGGAGAAAAGCCUUAUGAAUGUAAUGAAUGUGGAAAGUCCUUCAGCUAUAACUCAUCACUGAGUCGACACCAUAAAAUACACAGGAGAAAUGCCUUGCGAAAUAAUGUGUGAAAAGGGUAUAUGCCCUGAGGAAAAGAGCCAAGUCUAAAUCUGAUCCUAAGCUUUAAAAAUUCAGAACUCAAAUGAAUUUGAGAAAUCAAUCAUAAUAAUGGCAACUUUUAAUUUUGCCCACUAUGUAAACACUAACUAUUGUCUACUGACACCUUUAUGCAAAAUACUUAAUAAUAAGAUCUAGUCAUUUAAAUUCAGCAUUAUAAAAAUUUUACAAUUA